AUGAUGAAGCGUCUCUUCAAUAAAAAGUCCUCCGCGACUACAACCGCCACGGCUACAGCUCCCGAGACAUCGUCGACACCCCCACCUCAGCAGCCACCGCCACCCUCCACGUUCGAUCAGCGUGUCCACGAUGCGCAGAACCGUGAGUACACACGCCCAGGCUCUGGUUUGUACUUGCAGGUACUAACGACCUUACUUUCUCUUCUCAGAAACCUCGCAACAGGGCCCCGACGCUCCAUACCCGGCACAGGGGCCCGGCGGUCAAGGCGACUUUGUGCCCGUACCGAUCGGACCCCAAGCCUACGCGAUCCAGAUGGUGCCCCAACUCGUACCCGUCGUCAUGCGACCCCCUCGAGUAAGGGAUGUCAUCAAUGCGAUAGGUCAGUCCGGCCCUUCCUGCUUGCGCUCCCUUGCCGGCGUGCUCGGGCCGCCCUCGUGUCACGCACGCUGAGCAUGCCUUCCAUCGCAUCGCAGGAUGGAGUUGUGCGGCCCCCCAAUUCGACUUUACCUACGUCUUGGCUUUGGCCGACCAUAUCGGCUUCUCCACCGCCGCUUCCAAAGUAAGACACGGCUCUGCCCAAACACUCUGCCCGAGACGAACACGUGACGCCGAGGACUGACGCCCGCGUAAUCCUGGUGCUGCUGCUUUCUAGGACGCGGCCAAGGCUUUGAGGAAAGAGUUCAAGGUGGGUGCGGGACCUCCACAGCUCCAGAGUGAUUUAGAGCUAAAGUGGUAACUUGUGGCUCACAGCACGCCGUCCCAUCGGCACAAGAGCGGGCCGUCCGCUUGACCGGGAUCCUCGCUCGUAAUGCCGACCUUCGGUUCAGAAGUACGUCCAUGCGGUAACAUUGUCGUGAAGAAGUAGACCGAACUGACAAUUAUCUCACAUUGACCUUUGUAACUUACAGAGGAAGUCGCGAGCAAGAAAUUUCUGGCCGAGCUCGAGAACUUGGCCACGAGCAGGAGUACCGAACCGCCGGUAAAGCAGAUGGUUCUGAGGGUUUUGUCGCCCUUGGCCUACGAGUAUGCUGUGAGUUAUAUUGAUGGAUCUGGGAACGACGACGCAACAAUCGCUAAUCACAUCACGAUCACAAUCUCACACAGCGCGAUGCCGAUCUCAAACCUAUCACUGCAUUGUACAACAAGAUCCGACCCGACGGUACGCCACUCAAUGGCGAGCCUCUCAACCCCGAAGACGAUCUCUUCACCCCGACCGCGGAUCCUCGGAUGCAAUCAUCCCGCCGCAACCAUCAGAGUCGACGCGGAGAACCGCACCGCAUGCCUUCCAUGGGUGAUCAGAUGAAGGACUUGCGCUCCCAAUCCGAACAGGCGCGAGGAUACGCGAGAAUGCUGAACGAGGCGGUUGCGUUCGCCAAGGAGGACGAGGAUCUCAAGAGCAACGAGAUAGUUCAGGUUCGUACUUUUUAUUUUUGGUUUCACUCUUUGGACCCUGGUCUGACGCUGGGCGCGUCCGCGACUACAGGAGUUCCACGCACAAUGCUUCGGAGCACAGGACUAUCUGACGCAGAACCUGCAAUGGGCGACGGUUCAAGCCGAGCAAUCACGCGUCGCGGCGGACCAAGCGCUCGCAGAAGCACCACCUGCAGAAGAAUUCCCUACGACGAUGAAUGAAACGAGGAACGAGCAUCGAUUCUCGAGUAACAAUCCCUUCGCGCCGAUCGUGUCCAGUCCGCCGAGAUCCCAGUCUACUCCUCGACGAACGGCAGAAGAGACGGACGAAGAGAAAACUUUUGCGACGCUCUUGGCCGCUCACACCGAAGUGAUCGAAGCGUUGAAGCUCUAUGACGAUCAUCAGCAUCGUCUAUUGGAGCACUAUCAGGUGCAAGAGGCCGAAGCGAGGAGUCGGAUCGAGACGAGGUUCGACCGCGCGAAUGCAGGGACUCCGGAUCGGAAUGGGGAUUAUCACUUGGAGGUGGAUGAGCGGGACCAUACACGGGGUGAUGGUGCGAGCGGGAGUGGGAGUGGGGAUGAGAUGUCGUCUGCGGUUGGGGAGUUUCAACAGGACGAGAGCAGUAAGAGAGAAAGUCGGAACCCUUAUGCCGCCUACCUAUCCUCGCCACCCCGAAAUAACAACGCUGGGUAUCUAAUCCCCGAUUCUGCUACGACGACAAAUUCCAAAACACACGAUUCCUCGGCGGAUGAGGAACACACCGAGCGCUCCUACGGCCAAGUCGACCUCCAUGACUUGGACCCCUUCGCAUCCGAGACGGCGCAGGGUUCUUCUACAACUACUCGUCCUCGAGUUGAUACGAGAGCUUCUGUCGAUUCGACCGAUGCUGUCCCUUUGGCACCGAGUGAGAAGGCUUUGGGCAAGCUGAGGAGCGUUAGUGGGAGGGAUGGUGAGUUCUUCCUGAAAGCCCCUGCUUGAAUUCGCAUGAUCAACUCCGCUGACGCUCGAACCCGUCGAAUCCAUACAGAUUCCCCAACCGACUACGCGGAACAACAAAAUCGUCUCGAGGAACAAUUGAGGAGCAAAUACUCCCUGCAAUACGAGGAGGAGAAGGCGUUUAUGAGGAGUCGUGAGGGGCUCUAG